AUGGACCUGCGUCAAAUCCAAUGUGGAAUUCAGACUGCAGCAAUGUUGGUGCUUCCUAGUAAGGCAAUGGUGAACCAUAACAUAAUAUCAGAGGAAAUAUCUGAAGGUAGUGCUGUGAUGAAGUGUCCAAAAGAGGAUGUGUUGGUGCUCUGCAGGACAUUCUUAGGGGUCCCUAUGUCUGACAGUGCCGAGGAUGAGUACCUUGGCAAUGAGGAAGAAAAGAAAAAGCUGGAAAUACGAAGAUGUGCCUGUCACUCCCCAAUAGUCACCUUUGAAUCCAGGAAACCUGUGCUGGCUCUGACUGAAGGUUAUGUUGGCUCUCUGCAUGAAAACAGACAUGGUAGUUCUGUGCAGAUACGGAGGCGAAAGGCUUCGGGGGAUCCUUACUGGGCGUACUCGGGUACCUAUGGUCCCGAGCACUGGGUUACUUCCAGCGAGAAGUGUGGAGGGUCUCACCAGUCUCCCAUAGACAUCGUAGACCAUCUGGCCCACGUUGGAGAUGAGUAUCAAGAACUGCAACUUGAUGGUUUUGACAAUGAGUCUUCGAACAAGACUUGGAUGAAAAACACAGGGAAAACGGUUGCUAUCCUGCUGAAGGACGAUUAUUUUGUCAGUGGUGCUGGGUUACCAGGAAGAUUCAAGGCAGAGAAAGUGGAGUUUCACUGGGGUCAGACCAACGGAUCAGCUGGCUCUGAGCACAGCAUCAACGGCAAGAGGUUCCCUGUUGAGAUGCAGAUUUACUUCUACAAUCCCGAUGACUUUGACAGUUUUGGAACAGCAGUUCUAGAAAACAGGGUAGUAGGAGCCAUGGCUGUGUUUUUUCAAGUCAGUCAGAGGGACAAUUCAGCACUGGAUCCCAUUAUCCAUGGGUUGAAGGGCGUCGUACAUCACGAGAAGGAGACCUUUCUGGAUCCCUUUGUGCUGAGGGAACUUCUGCCAACUUCGCUGGGGAGCUACUACCGCUACACAGGUUCCCUGACUACUCCUCCGUGCAGUGAGAUCGUGGAGUGGAUCGUUUUUCGGAAGCCUGUUCCCAUUUCUUACCAUCAGCUGGAGGCAUUCUACUCCAUCUUCACUACUGAACAGCAAGACCAUGUGAAGUCCGUGGAGUACCUGAGGAAUAACUUCCGACCACAGCAAAGCCUGAACAACAGGAAGAUAUCCAAGUCUGCUGUGAAGGAUGCUUGGAACCAAGAUAUGACAGACCUCUUGGAAAAUCCACUCGGCACAGAAGCUUCCAAAGCUUGCAGCACUCCUCCAGUGAACAUGAAAGUGCAACCUGUGAACAGGACGGCGUUACUGGUAACCUGGAACCAACCAGAAACCAUCUACCACCCUCCGAUCAUGAACUACAUGAUCUCAUAUAGCUGGGCUAAAAAUGAAGAUGAAAAGGAGAAGACUUUCACCAAGGACAGUGACAAGGACCUGAAGGCCAUCAUUAGCCAUGUCUCACCUGACAUCCUUUAUCUGUUCAGAGUUCAAGCAGUUUGCCGAAAUGAAAUGCGUAGUGACUUUAGCCAGACUAUGCUCUUUCAAGCUAACACCACUCGAAUUUUCGAGGGGACCAGAAUUGUGAAGACAGGAGUGCCCACGGCAUCUCCUGCCUCCUCAGCUGACAUGGCUCCCAUCAGCUCUGGCUCCUCCACCUGGACCUCCUCGGGGCUCCCCUUCUCCUUCGUGUCCAUGGCCACAGGGAUGGGGCCUUCCUCCAGUGGCAGCCAGGCCACCGUGGCCUCAGUGGUGACCAGCACCUUGCUGGCAGGGCUGGGUUUCAGCGGUGGUGGCAUCUCCUCCUUCCCCAGCAGCGUCUGGCCCACCCGGCUGCCCACAGCAGCCGCCCCCAGCAAACAGGCGGGACGGCCCGUGGUGGCCACCACCGAGGCCGCCGCCGCCUCCCCAGGGCCGGAGCGGGACUCGGCACUGACCAAGGAUGGCGAGGGAGCUGAGGAGGGGGAGAAGGAUGAAAAGAGUGAAAGUGAGGAUGGGGAGCGGGAGCACGAGGAAGAGGAAGAAAAGGAUGCUGAAAAGAAGGAGAGAGACAGGGCGACGGCAGCCGCUGAGGCGCGCAAUAGCACAGAGCCCAGCGUGGCUGUGGCUUCCCCCAACCGGACUGCUGAGGAAGAAGGAAAUAAAACCAUAUCGGGUGAAGAGCCAAACCAAAACAUUGCCCCUGCGGCUGGAGGUCCCGAGGAGGAGAGCUUGGAUGAAGCCAACACUCAGCCCCAGCCGCUCCCUUCCACCCAAGUGCCACCAGCGUUCACCGAUGAACUGUACCCGGGCAAGAUCCCAAGAAGACCAGAGACUACAAGAAAACCUCCUCCAAAGGAGGACAGGUUUCCAGAGGAAUACCCCUCAGAUAACAAAUUCAUCACCAUUAAUCCAGCUGGCAAGAACAGCUCCAGCAUGGCCACGAGACCUUCUCCUGGUAAAAUGGAAUGGAUCAUCCCACUCAUUGUGGUCUCAGCACUGACCUUCGUGUGCCUCAUUCUCCUCAUCGCUGUGCUUGUCUACUGGAGAAAGUGUUUCCAGACUGCUCAUUUCUAUGUGGAGGACAGCAGUUCCCCCCGUGUGGUCCCCAAUGAAAGUAUUCCCAUUAUACCUAUUCCAGAUGAUAUGGAAGCAAUUCCAGUCAAGCAGUUUGUUAAACACAUCAGUGAGCUGUAUUCUAAUAACCAGCAUGGGUUCUCAGAAGACUUUGAGGAGGUGCAGCGCUGUACGGCCGACAUGAACAUCACUGCAGAGCAUUCCAACCACCCCGACAACAAGCACAAGAACAGAUACAUCAACAUCCUGGCCUAUGAUCACAGCAGGGUGAAGCUAAGGCCUUUACCGGGGAAAGAUUCUAAGCACAGUGACUACAUUAAUGCUAAUUAUGUCGAUGGUUACAACAAAGCAAAAGCCUACAUUGCUACCCAGGGACCUUUAAAGUCUACCUUUGAAGAUUUCUGGAGGAUGAUUUGGGAACAAAAUACUGGAAUCAUUGUCAUGAUCACAAACCUUGUUGAAAAAGGAAGAAGGAAAUGUGAUCAGUACUGGCCGACAGAGAACAGCGAGGAGUACGGCAACAUCAUCGUCACGCUGAAGAGCACAAACGUCCACGCCUGCUACACCCUGCGCCGCUUCACCGUCAGGAACACGAAGAUGAAAAAGGGUCAGAAGGGAAACCCCAAGGGGCGGCAGAACGAGAGAACGGUUAUUCAGUAUCACUACACGCAGUGGCCCGACAUGGGUGUGCCCGAGUACGCGCUGCCCGUGCUCACCUUCGUCAGGAGAUCCUCUGCAGCCAGGACCCCGGACAUGGGACCAGUGGUGGUGCACUGCAGUGCUGGUGUUGGCAGGACUGGUACCUACAUUGUGAUAGACAGUAUGCUGCAACAAAUAAAAGACAAAAGCACAGUUAAUGUCCUGGGUUUCCUGAAACAUAUCAGGACACAGCGCAACUACCUCGUCCAGACAGAGGAGCAGUACAUUUUUAUUCAUGAUGCCUUGUUGGAAGCCAUCCUUGGGAAGGAGACUGAAGUGUCUGCAAACCAGCUGCAUAGUUAUGUUAACAGCAUCCUCAUACCUGGCAUAGGAGGGAAGACACGACUAGAAAAGCAGUUCAAGCUGGUUACACAGUGUAAUGCAAAAUACGUGGAAUGCUUCAGUGCUCAGAAAGACUGCAACAAAGAGAAGAACAGGAACUCAUCAGUCGUGCCGUCUGAGCGUGCUAGAGUGGGCUUGGCACCGCUGCCUGGAAUGAAGGGAACAGAUUACAUUAAUGCCUCUUAUAUCAUGGGCUACUACAGGAGUAAUGAGUUCAUCAUAACACAACAUCCACUGCCACAUACGACUAAAGAUUUCUGGCGAAUGAUCUGGGAUCACAAUGCACAGAUCAUUGUCAUGCUGCCGGACAACCAGAGCCUGGCAGAAGAUGAGUUUGUGUACUGGCCAAGUCGUGAGGAAUCCAUGAACUGUGAGGCCUUUACUGUGACCCUUAUCAGCAAAGACAGACUGUGCCUCUCUAACGAAGAGCAAAUUAUCAUCCAUGACUUUAUCCUUGAAGCUACCCAGGAUGACUACGUUCUGGAAGUCCGCCACUUUCAGUGCCCCAAAUGGCCAAACCCAGACGCUCCCAUAAGCAGUACCUUUGAACUUAUCAAUGUGAUCAAGGAAGAGGCCUUAACAAGGGAUGGCCCCACCAUAGUUCAUGAUGAGUAUGGAGCUGUGUCAGCAGGAACGCUAUGUGCCCUUACCACUCUGUCCCAGCAGCUGGAGAAUGAAAAUGCUGUCGAUGUUUUCCAGGUGGCAAAGAUGAUAAAUCUUAUGCGGCCUGGAGUAUUUACAGACAUUGAACAGUACCAGUUUCUUUAUAAGGCAAUGCUAAGCUUGGUCAGCACUAAGGAAAAUGGAAAUGGUCCCAUGACACUGGACAAAAAUGGUGCUGUGAUGGCCAGUGACGAAUCUGAUCCCGCAGAAAGCAUGGAGUCUCUUGUCUAAUUGGAAACCUGAAAAGGCACUUAAUUUGUAGAACUUCUGAAGACUGAGUGAACUUUUUUGAGGCCUUUUUUGCCAGACUCUAGGUUAUACAAUAACCCAAUUACUUUUUUACACUGAUAAAAGUUUUGAUAUUUAUUUUUUGCCAUUUUAUGUCUUAAUGGUAUCCUACUGAGCAUUUGCACCUCUGUUUAUUUCACACAGUGAAACGCAAUUUUAUCUAGUUUGCACUAUAUGAUCAGUGUUACUGCCUAUAAUACUCUAAUACAAGACAAGCCCUGAUGUGACAUUCCAUGACAACAAACAUACGCUUUUUUCUGUUUUGUUUAAAUGCAGUGAAGUUUUGCUAACUACAGUGACCCUCGAAUCCUAAAUCUUGAAUGCUAGGCCAGAUGGAUUCUUUCUACAACAGAUACUGUACCCCUUCAUACCAUAUUUAUUAUUUAAUGAUCAUGUCACAGUUUUGAUAACGGUGUUCUGCAUUCCAUGGAGUGGAUGAGCAGUGUUCAUCCUUUCUUGACAAAACGUGGCAGGUGAUUAUUAGCUACAGUGAAGCCUUGUGGAGCUGAAACAAUUAUUUCUGUAUUGUUUCAAAUUGCUAUUUUGUACACUUACAGGCCUGAGACUUGCUUCACAUGGAAUAUAUGUUACAUACAAUAUAAUUAUAAAUUAGAUGCAAUUCAUAUUUGGGACACAGUGAUAGGUUUUGAAUUUACAAUUUCAAAGUUUCCCCAUGUAAUCAGAAAAAUGCUGAUUUUGUUUUAUAACCAACCCUGUGAUGGGAAGGUAUUUUGGUUUUAUUCUCAUCAGAGCCAAUACAGUGAGAAAUCUACUACAACCCAAAAUCAGACCUGUUUUCAGAUAUAUUAAAGGUAGCAAUAUUUUACAUUACUAAGCUAUUCAAUAUUUUAAACACAUCUAAUUUCCUUACUAUUUCUUGAAUAUGACCUCACACCUAAUGGUAUGUUACAUGAUGACAGGCGUUUCUUAAUUUCAUAACUGUUAGAUGCCAUUUUUACAGGUGUGUAAUUUUCAUACUUUAGUGCUAAAACAUAAAGUACUGAUCCAUAUUUACUGGUGAAGCAAACUAAUAAAAAAACUACCUAUAAAGUUACAUUCUCCCUCUUUUUUUUUGCCAGACUAAUUCUUUAGCACAAACCUAGCUUAUUGUGUUUUCCCUCCCACACCAAUGAAAUGGUUUCCCCCAGAUUAUAUAAAUAACUGAAUUAUUGUUUGGAGCAUUUAAGUAUACAUCCUAACUGGCUCCCUCUUCCUUUGUAUUGGUCAUAAUUCAACCAGGUCCAUCCCUGCUUAACAAAAGAAGUAAGCACAUGCUUAAUUCUCCUUAAAGUUAAUUGUGUCCCUCAUAGCUCAGCUGAGUAGGGAGGAGGGGUUAUUGAAUCUGCCUGGAAAAAGAAAUAUGUGAUUUCAGCCAUCCUGAUGUUUGGUGGACAGUUAAAGGCACUAUCCCUUAUAUAUAGCAUUAUUUUCUUCUGAAUUUCAACUGCACAAAACGUGCAUUGUAAUUUUUCAGGACUUGUCAAAAUGUUACAGCAUAUUUUUUUUUUCAUUUAAUACAGCCUAUUUUUUUUCACUUAAAUGUAAACCUAUUAAUUUCUACCAGUCCAGUCUUGCUGAAAUACAGACAUUUGGCAGAGUUCUGUGUAUUUUCACUCACAAGGAAGCUGAAAGCAAACUGCUUAAAAGGAUAUGGAGAGUAGGCAUUUUGGUUCAGGACCUCUCAUGAUGCAAACUGAUACGACCUUGCUGAGAGCAGAGGAGAUAAGCAAACUGGUAUGUGCUAAAAUCUGGCCUUUUGUCUUUAAUGAGAGAAAGAUUUCCUACUCAAUUAAUUCAACACCACAGUAUUCAAGAACUCAUCAGCAACCUUUCACUUCUCCGUUUGUUGAAUCCCUCUCCAUACAAGUGAUCCCAAUAACUGUUAAUGCUGAACAGGAUAAUAAGCCCGUGAUUUCAGUAAGGAAAUCUCAUGUCCAGCAACAGCUAGUCCAGAUAAAAAAUGUGCAGAACGUUUGAAAAGGUUGUAGUUUGCAUCCCCUUUGCACUGGGAUAGCCUGGCAUGGAGAAGGGAGUCAGUUAAUGUCUGGUAGGAGGUAGGACUGGCUCUACAGUCACUACACCCCAGUAACAGAAUUGUUUAGGUAAGUUUUCAAGUGCUGCUGCCUGCAAGGUCUGGAAGGUUUUACUGAUGGUCUGUUGGCCAGUGGGCAUCAUCAUUAGAGGCUGGGAAACCCCCCUGCACCCCCAGUAAUCAACCUGGCCCCAGGAAAUUCCAGCUGGUAGCACAAAGGGACUGAUGAGUUGGAUCAGUUCAAUCUGAAGUAUUUAAGUUCCUGGGGAGGUGUAGGGAGAAGUUAAGAAUUCAAACCCUGACAAGAGCUAAGUGACACGAAGAUUACUGCAGGCAUCAAGGGGGUUGGAUUUGUUCAGUACUUUCAGCUGAUUACUUUUCAUUUCACUGGCAUGAUGGAAGAUAACUGUGGUUCGUGACACACUGUCUGAAUACCCUUGGUUUAAUCCCUUACCUUCUCACAAGUUUUAAACAUCAAUGAAUGAAGGCUGCGGGGGUUGAACUUUGGUAGAUGCUUUGGAAAUCCAUGCAUUUGCAUUGGCAUUUUUUGACACCUGAAAUACUUUUGCUUGGGGUUUAAUCCAUGGGGAAAUAAUGUACACUGGUGUUCUAUGAGUUCUCCAUAGAUUUCUUUUUUUGUAAGGAGGCUUGAGCUGUGUGUUAAGUGCUGUACUGACAGUCAGGUAGCCAAUAGAUGGUAGUGAUGCAUGAGGCUUGAAGUGGGUGAAGCUAGAAAUUGCUUGUGAAGGUCAGGAUUAAGUGCACAAAGAGCCAAAUCUACCCUACUGUAAGCAGCUGUAGCUCUGCUCUCUUACAUGGAUUUGCACCUUUCCCUGGACUGAGUGGCAGAAGGAGGGAGUGUCUGCUCAGAGAUGGGCACUCAUGAGCUCUGCUGAUGUUCUCACAAGUGUCUGGCCAAAGUUCUGCUCUGUGCAUCCCAACCUUGCUUUUGGCACAUCAACUCCCCCUCUCUGUAGCCACCUCUUGGCAUUCAGUCAGGAUGUCUUUCAAGCAUCAGAGGUUC